UUUGGCUCAGCGGACUGUGGCCAUGGGGGCGUGGAACAAUGUGCCAAGGUGAGAGGAAUGAGACUUGCCGUUUGGCUCUUCCUUGCCUUUUUCUGUCACAGCCGAGCGCAAACCCAAUACUUUGAAGUUCUGCAGUACCGGGGUCCGUCGCAAUGCACUAGAUGUCAAUGCUUGGCUCAAAACACUGAGCUUUGUCGGGAAGUGCGACCCGGCUUCUUUCUCAGAGAGCAAGGAUGCCAGGACGGGAAGAUCUGCACAAAUUGUGCCUUUGGCAACGGCACAAACCCGACAACCUGUGUUUGUGAGAACCCACCGUUCUCGGUGCCAGCCAAGUACAAUGAAGAAUGUGGCAUGGGAAAGGAGUGUGCACAGGGUGAGGGCAUUUGCUAUCGCCCAUGUCUGACUUUCCUGCACAUCACAAGCUGUCCAACAGACUACUGCCAGUGGAACACCUUCACGCUCCUAUGCGAAGAUAGGUCUCCUGACAUUGCCACCGUGUACUGGAGGGACACCAGCACAGGUGCCACCGUUACAGAAAAGGCCACAGAGAUUAUCCAGCGAACGGAGCCGGCGGCGGCUUACUUUCCCAUGAGCUUUGCCAAUUUCCGCAAGAGUGCGGAUGGCUUCAGAAUUCAGGGUGUCUUGAUCGAGAACAUCACCCAGCCGGAAGCGCUCUUCCUCCAGCUUGACAAGGACAUUGAUGGCAUGCUCAGUGCAGCGGAGUUUGGUCGGAUUGGGGAAGUUUUCCAAGCGCUUAGCAAUGCAGUGUCCGAAAUGCGGACCGCCCAGGUGGCAGCUCGAAGGUUGCAAGAGAGUGUCCCAAAGCAGCAAGUGACACCUGAGGUUUGCAAUGCUCGCAACCCCCGGCAGUACUACUGCAGCUUCGAUGCUGACUGCAAGGAAGACUGCAAGGCCUGUGGCUGGAAAUCUGCAACUGAUCGGGCCUUCUCGAUUUGCGUGCAGCCAUCCCCUGAGGUUUGCUAUGCAGAUGGUGGUCAGGUGUUCUGCCCUUCAGAUGAACAAUGUCAUCCACCUGGUGAUUGCCAAAACUGCGUGGAUAGGACUGUUGUUGACCACGCGCAGCACAUCUGUCUAGCUCUUUGGUGGGAUCCCGCACCACUGACUGAGUGGACCAACUGGGUCUGCCGCUGGCGGAACAAGGUGGGAAUGCCUUGCACCUUUGAUCAGGAUUGCAUUUACGGAAUGAGAAGAUGCCUUAGCGGAGCCUGUAUGCCCUUCCAACCGUACAAUGCCAAUCAGACCUGCGAAAGCGAUUACGAUUGCCCACAUCUGGGGUUUUAUUGUCCAUCAGACCCAACUGGUGGGCAAAAUCCCUACUGGGUUCAAUAUUGCCGAGCGCAGCGCAGCGAAGGGAUGACUUGUGCGGAAGACCGCGAAUGCGAGCCUGGUCUUCGUUGCAACGUGGGUGAGCCGCAGCCACGCUGCCGAAAGCUUUUCUCGCUGAAGAUAGGUGCUUUGGCAGCUGAAGACGUUUUCUGUGAGUUUGGUUGGCGUGACCGGGAUGGCAAAUGUGCUCCGCCAGCGCAGUCCAAGCAGGCAGGCAGAAGCUGCGACACGGACUUGGAUUGUGAGACCACGGAUGAAACGGGGCGGACUGGAAGCUGCACUUGCAAGGCUUGGUGGGACAAAGAUGACCCGAAGUAUUGCAAGCCAGUGUCUGGCGACUUUGCGAAGCAUCAAGAAGCUCUGAGAGAUUACCUCUGGUUCAGGGCUUCGAGAUGUGGGACCUUUUGGACAGAGGCGGAGUGCCUCCGCAUCUUCGGCAACGAGGCGAUGAGGCUCAAAUUGGCCGUGGAAUGCGAAGAGCAACAGCUCUCCGGUGGUCCAUAUGCUCCGCCUGAAGAAUGUCGCAUUGUGGAUAGUGAACGUUUUGGAGAUAGAUGUGCUAUGAUGAAUGAGCUUGGUAGGUGAGAGAUUGACUUUCAGAAAAGAU